UUCCAGAAACUCUGCAAGAUAAAACAGCAGUGAAAUCCCAAUUAGACAUCAAGACUUCCACAUUCACUUGGCUGUUUUGUUUAACCUGCCUUUCUAGCUUGUGGUGGCCAUCAAAAAAAGACCAAGUUCUCCCCUGAUUUACACCCAAUGCAGUCAUGGGUCUAUUACCUCAUGGUAGGUGUAAGAGAAACACUUCAGUAAGACACUGUGGGCUGUGUUCUGUGGCCUUCAGUCACACAGCGUUGUAUAUCUUCAGUUUAACAAGUAUCUUCCCAAAGAUGCUCAAAGCUGAAUUUUGUUUCCCAGUAUCUAUAAAGGCCAGAUCUCAUAUCUUGGCCAUCAGUUUGUCGGUUUCUUUCUUUUUUGCAUUCUCCCUCUUUUCAUCUGUUUCUUGGAUCACUCCUCAGAUUAAAAAAAAAGAAAUCCUCUAGCUCUCCCUGCAUCUGGUGUUUCCCCUUUUCAAACAGAAUCAUUUCAUCUUGAAAACACCAUCUCUCUUCUGUUUUGCCUACACUAGGUGAGGAAGGACAGGAAGGGAGAAAUGACAGCAAAGUUACUUGGAUAUUAUUUCUAGAGAACAAAGACAAAAAUCCUCCCACUUUCCCCCCUGCUUGCUGCUCAGGGAGGAAGCCCAAAGAAUUGAGAUGUAUCAGGAGUAAGGCGAAAAAAUCAGACAGGGUCUCUCUCAGCCGGAGACUGAACAAGAGAUAGCUGUUGACAAGAGAUUGACAGGUCAGUGAGGAGAAGAGAAUACACCUCAGACCAACUGUGCUCAGCCACACUUCAGACCAAAAAGAAAAAAGAAAAAAGAAAAAAAAAGUUCACAAAACGGUGGAAGCACUUUUUAAAAAAAUGAUGCAUUUGGUGCUUCCCUGCUUUCUCUCAGAGAGCCAGUGAAAUAUUUGAUGGGAAGAAAGCGAAGGAACCAAGGUCUGACUGUCUUUAAUCUCCCCUGCGACCACGCCGAUCAGGCAGGGAGUUCUGCAAAGAGAGCGCAGGAGGCAGAGAGCGAGCCAGCGGGGACCCUCCCCGGGGCUGGCUGCAGACAAUGCCAUGGCCCCGUCCGCUUGCUUCUGGAGGAAGGGCUCGGGGCUGGCAGGCUCACCUUGUUACGUCAACAGCACCGAGUCCGGCCCGCACAGCAGCCGCGGCUGCCGGAGCACCAUUCAAGAGCAGCAGCAGCAGAAAGCAGCGAGCCCGCCAGGCUGGCAAAUCAACUAGCAACAACCACCGGCUCAGGCAGGAGGAGGAGGCUGCAUCUGGCAGGGGGAAACAAUAAAACAAGCAGGGAAGGAUGAAGGAUGGAGAAGGCACAGCACUUCUAGGAAACUCCUUGGAAUGGCUCUGUCCGCGGGCUCCGAGGGGGCUGACAAGAUCGGGUCGAUCCCUCCCGCAUUCCCGGCUGGGAUUAUGAGCCAGGGCGAGAUUACGGAUCUGGAGGGGCUGUGUCUGCGCUGAGAUGUCCACUCGGGCUGGAAAGUUUCUCCAUGGUUUCUUUAUGGUGCCUGAGCUCCUCGCUGCCAGCUUCGAUUCCCGCCCCAGUCUUCCUGGACGCUUCACCAAAAUGAGAGAAAAGCCCUUCUUCAGCAUAUCAAAGCUUCACUGAACGGUUUGCAAUAUCGUGUGAAUUGUUCAUACUUAGUUGUCUCCCAGCCAUUUGAAUACUCAGAUGAUGAAUCCUGAUGAUACCGUAAAUAAAGCAGCUGUCCAGAUGAUGUACCCAUACCGUAAGCAGAAGAGGAUGGGUUUCUAGAUCACUGCAGCUAAAAUACGAAGGAAAUGAUCUGGAAGAAGCUUCCAAAAGGAGCCGCUCUAGGGAGCAGUGCCCCGGGUAGCCAGCCAUGAUCGCCACUGGAGGCCUCCUGAGGAUCUCGGCCAGGAAACAGGACCCCCUGCGACCCCAAAGCCAGGCCCCCAGACGCAAACGCAAAGCCAAAAAGAAGCGCAAGAACGACGUGGUGGUGGUGAAGGGCAAGCUGAAGCUGUGCUCCGCCUCGGGGCUCCUCGCCCUCUGCGGCAUCCUGGUGCUGCUGGUGGGCAUCGCCUUGGCCGUGGUGGGCUAUUGGCCCAAACCCAGCCCCGUCUACCGGGAGGGCAGCUUCGGGGGGAGCAAACACCUGCCCGCGCAGGGCGGCGCCACCAAAAACCGCUCCAGCAGGGGCCAGCCGGGGGCGCAAGGGGGAUCCCCCCCGGACACCCCCAGAGCCAACGCCUCCUCCUCCUCCAGCAGCAGCCGGGGGUCCCCCCGCGCCGCGCCGGCCCCUUCCUCGGUGGGUUUCCUCUUCCAGCUCUUCUCGGGCUACCUGCACUCGGACAAGCUCAAGGUGCUGGGCCCCCUGAUCAUGGGCAUCGGCAUCUUCCUCUUCAUCUGCGCCAACGCGGUGCUGCACGAGAACCGCGACCGCAAGACCAAGAUCAUCAACCUGCGGGACCUCUACUCCACCGUCAUCGACGCGCACAGCCUGCGGGCCAAGGAGGGCGGGGGCCCGGCCGCCGCCCCGCUCAAUGGCUUCGUCAGUUACGUGCAGCAGGCCCGGGGGCUGGGCGGCGGCGGCGGCGGGGGGGAAGCCUUGGGCGCCGCGGCCAGGCUGGCUCAGAGCUCCUGGCCCCCGGCCCUGGGCGCCCCCGCGCCCCGCUGCUCCUCCUUCUCCGCCUCCCCGCCCAGCCUGGCCGAGGCCGUCUACAGCAUCUACCGGGAGCGAGCCGCGCUGGGCGCCGCCACCCCGCCCUGCAGCCCCGCGCCCGGCUGGGGCCGGCGCAGCACCGCCGACUCGCUGGUGGGCUCCUCGCUCAGCGCCUUCCCCCUGCUGCCCCUGGGCCAGGCCGAGGGGACGGGCGGGGAGAGCUGCGAGCCCGGGGCCAGGGCGAGCCCGCGGGGCGAGUUCGAGCGGAGCCUGAGCGAGCUCGGCAGCGGCAGCCCCCUAGGGCCCGGGCAGGGGCGCAGGCACCAGCGGGUACUGAGGCGCCAGAGCACAAGCUGCCUGCCUGACGCCAGGCGGCCCCUCUCCCCUGGCCCCCCUCAGACUCGGGCUAGCAGCAGGGAGCUGGACUCCACCAGCCUUUCAGCCAAGGCUGCUUCUUCCACCUACUCCAAAUCUCUGGAGCUGGGCGGCUCGCCUCCCGUCACUCCGCCGGAGGUCGGGAGAGGCUCCCAGACUGACCCAUCCAGCAGCAAUAAGGGCUACACCCACCUGGAGGAGGCAGGCACCUCCUUGGCGUCUGUUGCCAGCACCCCGGCCAAUAAAACCCAGGACUGUGAGGAGGACCCAAAAGGGGAGAUCGGCCCCCUAGAGGGAGCCGGCAACGAACAAACAGUGCAGCGUCCCCGGCAAAUUCAGAGACAAUAUACAAAUAAAGAGAAGCUCUUCAUGAUUUCCAGGUCGCACGCCACGGCAGGGCUGGAGGAUGGGGAACUGGAAAGCACAGGCGUUUGAACAAACAGAGAAAGCAUCAGGACAAGCAAGCCCUCUGCCUGCUUGUGGACGGAACCCGGACAAUAUGCAAAGAGCUGCAAUAGGUUAUCCUUGAAUUGCAUUCAAUAAAUUCCUAUAGAUGACACCAGGAAACAAAAAAUCUUUCUGUCCGAUCGUGAUUGUAUGUUCCAUGCAAACCAAAUUGUAUUAAACAUCAAUAGUCCAGCAAGUUCUUCGAAGCAAAAGAAUACCAUUUUGGACAACAUAACUGUACACUUCAUAGUUUUUAUUUCUAACCCCCCUCCCCAACCCUCUUCCUUGGGUACUCUGAUGCCGGUUUGUCACUAACUGCUUCAAAACCACCAGCUCCUGUCCUAGCUCCAGCGCAAGGUGGUUUUCCUUCAGCAAACUGAGCUCUCCCCCUUUGUUUUGGUUAAAUCACUCAAAGUUUGCAAGGCCUUAUGGAUGAAGUAUCUUCACAAAGAACACUCUUACAGGCAUUUGUUUAAAUUCUGGAAAGGUGACAAGGGAGGAGAGAGUGGAGCUGGACAAAGCUCUGAUAAUCUAAUUGGAACUGUUACAGUCUUAAAUUAGAGACCUAAUAAGACACCUGGAUACUUUAUUAAGUAUUAUCACACAUGUACUAAUAGCAUUAAUAAUUUUUUUAAAUAAAAAUGUUUAAUCAUUUUAAAACAGUUCUCCCCCUAUAGUGCUUACAGAUCAAAGAAGACUUUUGUAUCAAACUACUAAAUAUUACAGAUUAGGUAUAAAGGACAAAGGUUUGUUUAUGUUGCUUUUGACAUGGUAAUAGUAAUUUAGUAAUUUUUUCAAAACAAAGAUAUUGGGUUCAAUCGCUGAGCACACUGCACUUUAGUACAAGCAGCAGAUUCUGCUUCUAUUUCUAACCCAUUUUUAAUUGGCAUUUUAGAUGGUAAGGAAUCAGAGAUUUCGAGAUUCUAAAGAGAAAAAUUGAGUAAGGUUUUACCUUCCAUUAAAAUUAGAUUUUUCAGGAGUAAUACAUUAAUCUCAGAAACAGUGGCCCAUACUUUGUAGAUCUUCGACUUCCCCAAGAACAGUCAAUGUAAGAUCAAGUUUUUCUACAAUUAAGGCUCCAGUCUUGCAAACACUUAUGCACAUGCUUACCUUUAAGGAUGCAAAUAGUCCUAUAUACUCUGUGGGUGAAAUUCUGGCCCCAUUGAAUUAUAUGGGAGUUUUGCCAUUGACGUCAAUGGAGACAGGAUUUCACCUUGAGUGAAUAAAAUAGCAUGUUUCCUGAUGGUUGGACUAUAUAUAUAAUAUAUGAAUCAAACAGCUAUUUGGUAACUGGGAAUUAUUUUACUUUAAUAAUUACAAUAAGACUGGCAUUUGCUUCAUUAACUAGAAAAAUCUCUUUCAACUCCCAAUUUCAGAUACCAACAAAAUUUUCUAUUUCAAAUAUAUAUUUAAUAUGCAUAUGACGUUUCAUUAUGUUAACCACAGAGUUAUUGAAGUUAAACAUUAUGAUAUGUAAGUAGUGCGUUGGUUUUCUCUCUCAAUUAAGGUUUCCAUAAUAGAUUAGUAUUUAGUACAUAUCUAAUAAUUAAAUAUAGGUACAAUAUAAUAAAUAGACUGAUCAUUACAUUUGAUUGUGAAGAGUGAACAGCAACAAUAAUUACUAAAUAUAAGAAUGAAUAAUUUUUAAAAUAUCAGAUAAGAGACUGCCAUCUUGAGGCUCUACAAUUUUCCAAAGAGGAAAUGAAGUUCCCUUUUGCAACAGAAAGGCACAAGCAUCACAGCCUCAUGUACUGUCAAUGGCAACCAAGAAAAGUACCCAUAUGAACUUUGUUUAAGCAUUAUUUUUGUUAAACUGCUAUCUAAUGUUGUUUAGCCAGCCAGUGUGGAAGUGACCAAAAUAUGUUUUAAAACUAUGUGCAUAGGCUGGAACAUGAAUUUUAUUUACAAAAAGAUAAACAAACAAACAUGUCUAGGCCCUGCAUAGAGUGGGCAGCUUAACAGUGUUAGAAGGCAGUUUAAUCAGAAUUGAUUUCAUCAUGAUUACUUCUGGCUCAACAUUUGGCCUAAAAGUUAGAAGGAAACUUCUGUUCUGUGCUUUUCCCAUGAUUUUCAGCAGACGUCUAAUGAAAUAUCAGGAAAGGGUCAUCAGGCACUGAGAGAGGGAUGCUAAUUAUACACAGUUAUGGAGAUUUGCCUUGAUCCUGUCUGGGAAGGUGCCUGUUCAAAUCCACAUGGGUGCAGAGCAGGAGUCUACCCACCAAAUCUCAUUGCAGGGUUGGGACCAUAGUGGAAAAAAUGACAGAUUUUUUAAAAAAUAAACCUGAAAAAAUCAUAUUAUAUAUACUGUUUCUAUUUUCAUUCAGUAAAAGUUUAUCCAGCCAUCUAAGCUAUAACAAUCACUUUUAUUUAAAGAUAACACAAGAUGCGACCCAAACCUUUUAUUUUAUUAGAAGGAAAGUACUUUUAAAUUGCUGGGCUAGAGUGUGGGGGCUUUUUUCUUUUUGUCGGACUGUGAGAGAGUAUUUUAUUUCAUUGAAAUUAUUAUUAAAUUUGUUAUCUGUAUUUGAGAAUCUGUUAAAUGUGUCAAAAUACAAUCAGGAAGCCUUUUUAAAUAGCUCGGCUCAAUUUCAAUGAUCAUCCUUUUCAAUAAGUACUGUUUUAAACUUCUCCUAGGUUGCCGAACAUAUUGAAUAACAGAAUGUUUGUAUGCAGAACUGAGCUUGAUCAAUGAAAUUCCACUUCAGUGGCUAGUAGAGCUGAGUGAAUAAUUUGUAGCAAUUAAUUUAAUAAACAUAUGAAGCCUUUUUUCCAAUUUGCAAAUUGUCCAUGAAUCCCUAUGAUUUUUGCAAAUGUAUUUGCUAAUUACAGGUUUUCACGGGAUAAUUUAUGGAAAGACUUUGCAUUCUGUAGAGUUUGUUCAAAACUCAAGCUGAGUGAGUUAGUUAUGUAUGGAAAUGUAGGUCAAAGGUUUAGUGUUUCUGUUUUCUGAUUGGAUAAGCUUAACUCCUAGCAGCAGGUUUCUUCUGUGAACAUUCAUACUGGUAAUAUUAAAGUAUCCCUAAUGCUGUCAGUUGAGAUUGAUUGAUAGAGAAGGGUAACUUAAUCCAUUUCAAUGGCAUCACACCUGGUGACAUCACUUUUUGAGCACCACCUCUUUUGGACAUUCAUCUCUACCUGUUCCUGCCCCAUCUGGCACUCGGCUUUUCCCCUUGCCUACUGUACCCACCCCUAACCCUACCACUUCUAUCUAUCAACCAACCUUCACUUGCCCACUCUUUUCCCCCUCAGUUUCUCUCCUAUCUCUUCCCUUUCCCAACCUGUUGUAUCAACCAGGCAAGGUACUAACAAGCUUCAACAGGACUUUUUUUUUUUCAAAGUGGAAACCCCUUUACCAAGCUGCUGCUGCACCCUCUGUAGCUUUCUCCCAGCCUCUCAACUCCUCCCCCCUCCUUCCUGUUUCCUGUCCUUUCAGACUCCCAACAGCCAGUGCUCCCAAUUCUAAUAAUUACAAGCAACAUUUAAACACCACACAACCCUGUCCUCUCCCAUCCCCUCCUAUCCUGGGAAUUGCGUUCCUCCUUCCAACCUCUUCCCCACAACCUGUGCCCAGCUGGUUCCUCCACAGGCCUUAAUGGAGGCUUAGGAUCUGAACCCAUAACACUGUCUGUAUCUCUUGCAAAUACACUUUGAAUAUAACAAACAUACAUUAUCAGGUGUGUGCACUAAGCUAACAUAUUAAAAGCAAAAGACUUGCGGAGACCAACUAUUCUACCAAGGCCCUAAGAAAAAUUCCUUGAGAAAAAGGUGGGUUUCUGCCUGAAUUCCUCUGGGCAGUUGUAUGACUGGCCAUAAAAUUGCCACUAUCCUUUUGUAACACAGAUAACUGUACUUGUUUUAAACUAGACAAUAAGACAUGGGGGGUGGGGGGGGGGGAAUGUUUGGGUUUUGAAAUGUAAGCAAGGCUACGUAGUGGUUGCAGGCCUACUUCUUUUCAUGGGAAGUUCAGAUAGCCUUAAUAUGAGUCCUUUGGGGACGAAGUUGUGUGCAGGAGGGUAGAUGGCUUUAGAGGAGAAUUUGCAUGUUAAUACAAAUGGACGUCUUAAAUACUUUAACAGUUUUGAAGUCCACCAUACAGCUCAGCAUUUCAGAAUACCUCUAAUAUAAACUAGCUUAAAACAAAUCUAGUUAAGUGAUUAUAUAUAUCAUGACAAUACAUUUUAAUCAGUUUUCUUCUAGUUUUCCAUCAGACGCAUAUGUUGUCUGAUAUUUGGGUAAAAUUGUUAAUACAUCAUCUGUUCUGUUGUGAGAGACAUAAUGCAGGCUUUGUUAAACUAUUCUGAUGAAAUGUUUUGGUUAGGUAGUUGUUUGUGUGGUUUUUUUAAACAAUCCUGUCCACAAACUGUAAUCCCAAACAGCAAGUCAUAGCUUGUGUACAAACAUCUGUGCAGCUGGAUGUUUAUAUAAACUAUCCCUAUUUAGUGUCAUGCACUGCUUGUCAUAGCAAAUGUUUUAAAAACAGGUAUGUUUUCAAGGUCAGCAUGGAAGCAGCAGCAAUGUGGUUUAAACUCAAAACAAUGCAUUUUAGCCUCAAUCGCAAGAAUCUUUACAUUAUAAAAAAUGUAUUAACAGGG